AGAAGUACACGGUUGUCUUGGAUACCGACAGGGUUUAGACAGGCUGCGUUUUAAACUCCGCCUCCUCUUCACAUCUGUGGCUACUAUUCACUGACGUGACUGGCCAUGGUUUUUACUGUUGGUUGAGAAUCAAACCGGAAACUGUUCCGCCGCGCUUUCUGUCGUCGGUGAGAGUUCACGCGAAUCAAAGAAGAGUGGCGGGAGAGUUUGUCACCUGGGGGCUGAUAUCGAGGAGAUUUUCCGUCGUUAUCAGGUAUUUAUAAUUAUCUUAGUGACACAGCAGCGGCUGCAGUUUACAGUUAUGGCUAUAAAGAAGGUUUAUCGAUGUUCUCAUGUUUGUUAAUCGAUCUAAUUUGGCGGCUGUAGACUGUUUUCUCCGUGUUUACUGCUCCUGUUAGCCUGUUACCAAAUGAGAGAAAAGCUGCUGCUCCUGUUUGAUCAGAAUCAUCGACGGGAAACGAAACUCGGGAGAUAAGUUAGUAAAUCUGUGACAAGUACUAAUAUAAACUCAUAUAACACUUAACAUCCUUGAAACGGUUAUAAGUUUGUUAGUUAUGAAGCUAACUGUUAAUCGUGUUUGUUCAGAGGGACAGUUUGUUAAAGUAGCAGGUUAAUUAGAGACUGAAUCUUUCUGCAGUUAUGAUAAUAUAGACUGUUUUUAAUCGACAUGUUUCUUAGUUCAUUACAAUCCCCCGUAAUCUCAAUAAUAACGACAACACUGUUAGUUUACCUCGUUUGUUAGUUUGUUACUGGAGAAUAUAAAUCUUGUAUUUUGUCUCUGACAGCUCUUUAAGUCUGUUUAUAUGAUUCAGCAACUGUCACAGCCGGUAUAGUUUGUGAACAAAUGCUUUAAAUGUAAAAUAAAGUCGACCAUUAAACACCACAUUAAUGCCCAAUAAUUAAAAUAAAGAAGAACUGCAGACCAACGUGUUUUUUUAUUAUUUCUUAUUUUCAAAAACAAACAGAAAAGACCUUAAUUCACAUUUUUACACAAAACAAACAGACACAGACUUAGAUGAACAUAUUUCCCUGUUUUUACUCGACGUACUGACUUUUUUUGAUAAAGAUCAAAUUUGAUUUAGUUUCUUUAGUUUCUCACUUAAAGAUUGAAGAGCGUUUAAAAUCAUCCCAGAGCGUUUCCAACAAAAAACUGCACAACUAUGACCAUAAAAUACUGACUUAUGAGAAUAAUACUCAGAGUUAAAGUGCAUUGAACUCUGAAUCAGAGUUUGCUUAUAGAUAUGAAAUAUUUAUGGACAUGUAUGAAUAGGCCUGUCGCGAUAAUCAAUAAAUCGCCUUAUCGCUCGAUAAAUAAAAACGAGGUCGAUAACUUUGCCAGCCUCGAUAAUUGACUGCGUUUGUUUUCCUCCUCUCUCGCUACCAAACACGCUGGAUGAGAGAAGAGGUCUCACUCUGCGCAUUUUUCUCGGCACCUGGGGGCGUUGGCUCUAUAGCGGAAUGAACGGAGUUAGUGAACCCUCCUGUCAGUCAUUCAGUGUCUUUGUCACGAUGGGGCUGGCGCGCACAGGCACACAGACACAGACUUUUGGAUACAGUGCUGCAAGUGAGCGUCGUGAGUGAAAAGCAAGCUAACAGAAUGAACACGACAGCUUUGGUGUCUAAACCAAACGCAACAGCCCAAGUGUGGGAAUAUUUCGGCUUUAAACCAGUUUUGUUUUCGUCAACCACAAAACUCCACGUGUGUGUGCGCGCGCGUGCGUGUGUGUCUGUGUGUUGGAGGAGCACAGCAGGAUGAUGAGAGCUGUCAGAGCGGACUGAAGCUGCUCCUAUAUGUUUAACGUUUAACUGACUGAGUUUUGCAACUCUGUUCGUCAUUUUCGUCUCGUCCCAUCAACGUAAACGCACUUUCGUCUCGUCACAUUUUAGUCAUCUCCGACUUAUGUUUAGCUCGUCAACGUUACGUCUUCGUCGUGGGAGAAAAGAGAAAUAUUUUAGUCAACGAAAACAACCAGUGUUGUUCUCAUGUGGAAAUUAAAGUUUAUCACUUUUGACACGGUGUACUCGCAAUAUUAUGCCAUAUAAUAUCAUUAUCUAUAAUUUAAAAAAUGGUGUCAAUAAUAUCGUUUAUCGGCGAUAAUUUGUAGCACAAUUAUCGUCCAGCAAAAUUUGUUAUCGUGACAGGCCUAUGUAUGAAUGUAAAUUGAGAAAAACGGGGAGCUCUGUUACAUAUGGCAGUUUCUUUGUUUGCACAGUCCAAACAGCAGCUGAAUGAGAGACGGAGUUACCAGGGGUUUCCUGUUUUCAGAGGAGCAGCUGCUUUACUGCACAGUGAUGUGGGGACGCUCGCCGUCACACACACCUGUAGAAGGAUGUGAGGUUCACUUCAGUCUCCUGAGGAAGUUUGGAUGUUGAUGAGGGUUGUUGUUGUUUUUUUGCAGGUUUUGUUCCUGAAUGUGUGUCGGAUCGCUCCGCCUUGUUAUGAGGAGGAUGUGUGUUACUAUCUUUCCUCACGUGUUUUUGCAGACAUGGAUUUUAAAAGACGCGCCGGCGGCCCUCUUAUGGGCGGAGCCUCCCAGGCCAAACGAGGAAAAGCAGCCGGUGACUGGGAGGACAGUCCGUCCCAGUUUGAAGAGGAGCUGAGCAUGUUUGAUGAAGCAGACAUGGAGGCAGAGGAGAUGGAGGGACAGGCAGGUCACGAUGUUAUCCCUGUGGGUGAGUGUCGAACAGAAACACGACUGAGUCACAAAAAUCUGUUUUUCAUCAAACCUGUGAAAUUCUGUUCAUGUUUAAUUCACUCCCGUUGAUUCAGUAAACUCUGGAGUUUAGUUAUAACUUCUUUUGUUGUCAGGUGACCUCUUCUCAGCCGACCUUAACCCCCGAUGGCAGCGGCCGAAGGCGCCCUCACUGAACCCGUCAUCUGAUACUCUGGUGUUUCAGCAGAUCGAUCUCGAUUACUACUUAGGUAAAGAGGGCUGAAGUUGAAACUCUUCUGUGUGACAGAAAGCUGAACGCCGUUUAUAAACGCUGAUUGUCAAAGUGUUAAAGUUGUGUUUCCUGUCUGUGUUUCUCAGGACCGACGGUCGCCGGCAUGCCCGGCCAGUCUCAGGGAAAGGUCCCGAUCAUUCGGAUGUUUGGAGUGACAGACAGCGGUAACAGCGUGUGCUGCCAUGUCCACGGAUUUGCACCGUACUUUUACGUUCCUGCACCAACAGGUGAGUACUUCAUAAAUGAUGGGAUGUGUGAUUGAAGGAUUCUUAUUUUAAAGACACGUGGACUCUGUUUCUGAUCGAUGUAAAUCCAUCUUCUGUUUCCUCUGAUUAGGUCUGAAACCCGGUGAUCUGGGUGAAUUCAAAAGAGAGCUGAACAACGCCGUCCUGAAGGACAUGAGGUCCAAUAAGGACAACAUCUCUGUGACGGUGUUGGCCGUGGACGUCACCCGCAAAGAGAGUGAGUUUCUGAGUUUACUGUAGUUUGUUCAGAACAUUUUCAGAUCGUCCAGUUUUUGAGAUUAUCAACGUCAUCGUCUCAAAACAAAGUGAACACUGAAGUUAAACAUCGUCUCUCCCCCCGCACAGAUAUGUAUGGUUACCACGGGAAACGCAGUCUUGAUUUUUUGCGGAUAACCAUGGCGAUGCCUCGUCUCAUCGCUCCGGCAAAGAGGCUCCUGGAGCAGGGCUUCAAAUUUGCGAAUUUCCCCGUCCAGGGUUACCAAUCGUUUGAGGCCAACAUCGACUUUGAGAUCAGGUGUGUUUGUGUGUGUAUCAGGUUUAUUUUCACAUGUUAACAGAUCAAUAGAUUUGUGACUGGAUCACAGAGAAGAUGAUCACAGUGAUAAAGAUGUUUCUCUGGUUUUUGUGAAUGUCGAAUGUUCGGUCAAAGUAAGUGAAUUAAAGACGCCUCACGAGCCUCGCUGCGCUCUCUCUCUCAGGUUCAUGGUGGACUGUGAUGUGGUGGGAUGCUGCUGGAUCGAACUCCCCAAAGGGAAAUACAGAGAGCGUGAGGAGAAGAGUCCGGGGGACACAAACUCCCAGUACCCAGGAAAGGUGGGUCUGGUUUUAGAUCUUGUGUUUCGGUGUAGUCUGAGGUGAAGGUUUCACAAAGCGCUCCGUCCUGUUCGUCCUCCAGGUGUCCUUGUGUCAGUACGAGGUGGACGUUGGAUGGACGGAUCUGAUCAGUCACCCCGCUGAAGGAGACUGGCAGAGAAUCGCUCCUCUCAGAGUCCUCAGCUUCGACAUCGAGUGUGCGGGAAGAAAAGGUCGGGAUUUUUUUAUUAAGUCGUUUUUUCACGAUGUUUGAAACUCGCUGAAAAUCAAACAAAGACUUUGACUCUGGUGGUGAUUUUCUUUGUCCAGGAAUCUUCCCCGAAGCAGACAAAGACCCUGUGAUUCAGAUCGCGUCCAUGGUGCAGCGGCAGGGUGAGACGGAGCCGUUUAUCCGCACCGUGUUCACCCUCCAGUCCUGCGCCAGCAUUGUGGGAUCUCAGAUCCUCUGUUUCACACAAGAGAAGCAGCUGCUGCAGGUAAACACGCCUCCUUCAGCGAGAGAGAGAGCGGAUGAUUUUACCUCGUUAGUUUUUCUCCGUUUUCUUGACCUCAGUGUUUGUUUGUCUGUUUGUUUGUUUGUUUGUUUGUGUGUUUGUUUGUGUGUGUGUUUGUUUGUUUGUCCGUCUGUCUUUUUGUUUGUUUGUUUGUUUGUGUGUGUGUUUGUCUGUCUGUCUGUCUGUCUGUUUGUUUGUUUGUUUGUGUGUUUGUUUGUUUGUCCGUCUGUCUGUCUGUUUGUUUGUUUGUUUGUCUGUCUGUCUGUCUGUCUGUUUGUUUGUUUGUGUGUUUGUUUGUCUGUCUGUUUGUCUGUCUGUCUGUCUGUCUGUCUGUCUGUCUGUCUGUCUGUCUGUCUGUUUGUUUGUUUGUUUCUCUGUGAGCAGAGUUGGGCCGAGUUUUUGAGGACGGUGGACCCGGACAUCAUCACAGGAUACAACAUCCAGAACUUUGACUUUCCCUACCUGCUGAACCGAGCGGCUGCUCUGAAGGUCAGACCGAGUCGAUCAGCCGGAACAAAAAAAGAUCAGAGUCUCAGAAGAACAAUCGUAUUAAUUCUUCGCUGUCUUUGUCGGCGUUUAGGUGAACCUCUUCCCUUACCUCGGACGCGUGCGAGGAAUCAAGUCCGUCUUAAAAGACGCAAACUUCCAGAGCAAGCAGAUGGGCCGCAGAGAGAACAAGACCACCAACAUGGAGGGCCGGGUCCAGUUUGACCUUCUGCAGGUAAGCCACACCCCCUGCUGUCUCACACCAUCACCUGAACUGUAUUAAAGUCUAGAGUUAGCGUGUCACGUACGCUCGGUUAGAAAACCUCCGGACUCAGUCUGAGCCGCCUGUCCCUCUCAGGUUCUCCUCAGGGACUACAAACUGCGCUCUUACACUCUGAACGCCGUGAGUUUCCACUUCCUGCAAGAGCAGAAGGAGGAUGUUCAGCACUCCAUCAUCACAGACCUGCAGGUGAAGCACAAACCGUCUGAGAACCACACAUUCAGGAGAAAAUCGAUGAUGUUUCUGCGCCGUGUUAAAAAAACGCUCUUUUCUGUCCUCGACCACAGAACGGUAACGAUCAGACUCGCCGCCGUUUGGCCGUUUACUGCCUGAAGGACGCCUACCUGCCGCUGCGCCUGCUGCAGAAGCUGAUGUGUGUGAUUAACUACAUGGAGAUGGCCAGAGUCACAGGUGUGCCCCUCACCUACCUGCUCUCCAGAGGACAGCAGAUCAAGGUCGUCUCUCAGCUGCUGCGACAGGUAACAGGAGCCGCCGCGUAGGUCGUGACUCCAUGUUCAGAUUUUCAGGAGAUGGUUGACCGUGUUUGUUCGUGUUCAGGCCAUGAAGCAGCACCUGGUCAUGCCUGUAGUGAAGACAGAAGGAGGAGAAGAUUACACCGGAGCCACCGUCAUCGAGCCGGAGAAGGGGUGAGCGCCGCCGCCGCCGCCGCCGCCGCUGUGACUCCUCGCUCCUCUUGGUGUCGGACUUUGAAUAACCUCCACCGUCCCUUUUCUUCUUCUUCUCCUCUGAGCAGGUACUACAGCGUUCCCAUCGCCACCCUGGACUUCUCCUCCCUGUAUCCGUCCAUCAUGAUGGCUCAUAAUCUGUGCUACACCACCCUGCUGCUGAAGGGCUCGCCGGAGAGACAGACGUGAGACACGCCCUCUUUGUAAAUCUGGGAUCAUCCUCCAGAAACAGUUUCAGUCCGAUCAGAUCAGAUGGAUCUGGACUCAGUAAACCAGAGAUCAGAGUUUUUAAAAUGACUCUUUUUCAGUUCAUGAAGGUUUCGUUUUCCUUCAGACGUUCAUAAACUCGUCUACGUUUAAUAAACGGAUUUAUUCUGAGGUUAAAGUAUUUUCAGGAUGAAAUAACGUCUGAACUGUUUGUGUGUCUCCAGCCUCUCACCGGAGGACUUCAUAAAGACCCCCACAGGUGACAUGUUUGUGAAGAGCUCUGUGAGGAAAGGACUUCUCCCCGAGAUCCUGGAGAACCUGCUGUCGGCCAGAAAGAGGUGAGAGUCGAGUUACUGCUUCAGUUUUCACUCCUCUGGUUUUAAUUCAGCGAAUAUUAAACUGACUUUUGUGCUUUUAGAGUAAAAAUGGAUGUUUUCUGGACUCGUCUGUGUCUCUGUGUUCAGGGCCAAAGCUGAGCUGAAGAAGGAAACCGACCCUUUUAAGAGACAGGUGCUGGACGGCCGACAGCUGGCCCUCAAGAUCAGCGCGAACUCCGUCUACGGCUUCACCGGGGCUCAGGUGGGCAAGCUGCCCUGCUUAGAGAUCUCACAGGUGAGCGCUUCAGUCACACUAAGGUCAUGAGAGUAACAGGUCAGUCAGGGUCAAUCUGUGUCACAUGAUCAGAAACGUUAUUGACUGAGAAAUCAAGAUGAAGUUUUUGAGCUUCUUUGGAUUCAUCAACUGAACUUUGAGAGCAGCUGUGAAGUCUGACAGAGACGUAAACAACAGAGAAGUCGAGCAGAGACGUGUGGUGAAGGGAAACCACAGAGCAGGUGGAGAUCUGAGGAGAGAAUUCAUUCAGGAGUGAAACUGAAACAGACGGAGAGAAAAAAAAGGACAUCUGCUGGUUUUCAUGAGUGAGCUUCAGCGUUUGAGACGUUUGAGAUGUUUCCUCUGAAUUCAUCUGAAGGUUGUUUUUGUUUUUAGAGCGUCACGGGUUUCGGGAGACAGAUGAUCGAGCAAACCAAGCAGUUAGUGGAGUCCAAGUAUACGAUUUCCAGCGGUUACCAAGGCGACGCUAAGGUGAGGAAAACCUGCAGGUGCACGCCUCCGUCACCCGACCAAACAGUUUUAUUUUCUCCUGUGGUGGAUGAACUUUGAGGAGGCAGCUGUGCUUCUUAAACUCGUGUUUAUCGUGUGAUCAGAUGUUUUCAGUGACCGCUGUUCGUGUCUAAUCCUGGUUUUGAUUCUUUUGAAGGUCAUUUACGGAGACACAGACUCCGUUAUGGUGAAGCUCGGAGUCGGCACGGUCAAAGAGGCCAUGGAGAUCGGGAAGGAGGCGGCGGAGUGGGUCUCAUCUCACUUCACUCCACCCAUCAAACUGGAGUUUGAGAAGGUGAAGCUUCUUCAUCAAAACUGUCCUGGUGACUCUUUGUCUGUAAACCCUGACGCUCAGACGGGCGAGGGCGUGUCAGCCGGAGAGUCAGUCAGUCCGUUUACAUGACCACGAGAAAACCGAAUUAUCGCCUUAUUCCGAUUAAGACUCCCAGAUAAUACGAUCAGAAUACGAUUUUCUCUACCAUGUAACCAGCGUAAUCGGAGUAUGAUCGGAGAAUGCAUUUAAAGAUCUUUUGACUCAGAAGCAGCUGAAACACGAAAAAACGUCCACUUUAGGAACGACGAGGAGAGCGCCGUUAUACUUCCCGUCUCUGACAGAAACUGACAUUUUUAAGUAUAUGGACGGACGCAAAAGAGGAGCGGAGACAUCUUUAAGAAACAGCGCCGCUGAAAAGACCCAUAUCGCCCCCUAGUGUUGGGGAGGAGGACACGGUCACCUCAAUAAUUCGAUUUUCUCAGCUGCAUGUAAACGAGGACAGAAGUCUGAUUCAGCAAAGUUUAGUCUGAUUAAACUGAGACUGUAAACGACCUGAGAGACUCCUCCUCUGAUAUUCAGACUGAGGAGUUUUUAACGGAGGAGUGAGGAGGACAUCAGGCUGCAGUCUGAACAAACUCAGGUCUGGGUCCAUCGCGGUCUGAGUGUCCCGGCUUGUGUCUCCACAGGUGUACUACCCGUACCUGCUGAUCAACAAGAAGCGAUACGCCGGCCUCUACUUCUCCUCCAGCGCUGACACACACGACAAGAUGGACUGCAAAGGUAUCGAGACCGUCCGCAGAGACAACUGCCCCCUGGUGGCCAACCUGAUCAACACCUGUCUGCAGAAGAUCCUCAUCGACAGGUACGCACGCACACACACACACACACACACACUGAUCAGUGAACGAGCUCUCUGAUGACGCUGACGUGAUGUUUGCACAGAGACCCUCAGGGCGCCGUGGACCACGCCAAAGAAGUCAUCUCAGACUUGCUGUGUAACCGCAUCGACAUCAGCCAGCUGGUCAUCACCAAGGAGCUGACGCGCACGGCGCAGGAGUACGCCGGCAAACAGGCGCACGUGGAGCUGGCAGAGAGGUGAACUCACCUUCUAGUUCGCUGAAGUUUGCUGUGACGCGUGAAGAGACGCCGUUUAACGCUGAUAUCUUACAGGAUGAGGAAGAGAGACGCAGGCAGCGCCCCCAACCUGGGAGACAGAGUCCCCUACGUCAUCAUCAAGGCGGCGAAGGGCGUGGCAGCUUACAUGAAGUCAGAGGUCUGCGGUUUUAUCCUUAAAUAUCUGUCAGUAACUCCGUUCGGUUUCUCAUCACUAAACUGUGAAACGGAUUUUUCCCUCGUGAUGAUUCAGGACCCCAUCUAUGUGCUGGAGAACAACAUCCCCAUCGACACGCAGUACUACCUGGAGCAGCAGCUGUCCAAACCUCUGCUGAGGAUAUUUGAGCCCAUCCUGGGAGAGAGCAAAGCCGAGAGCAUCCUGCUCAGUGAGUCUGAAAACACACAAACGUCUCCGUCUCUGACUCUCCUCGUUUCCUCGCCCUCAGGGUCGGAUAUUCUGGACGUGUAGUCGGUUAAAUAUAACGUGGAUGUAUCACCAGUGACAGUAAAAAACUCUGAACAUUUGUAAUCUGUGGACUUCCUGUUGUCUUUCAGAGGGCGACCACACCCGCUGUAAGACCGUGCUGACCUCCAAGAUCGGGGGUCUGAUGGCGUUCGCUCAGAAGAGGAGCACGUGUAUCGGCUGCAAAGCUGUUCUCAAAACUGACGGUGCGUUCGCUCAGAGUUUAAACCGUUAUCGCUGACAGGAGCCGAAUCCUCGAGUGUAAAUGUGACAUUUUCUGUCGUGUUUGUUUCUGCAGACGCUGUUUGUGAUUUCUGUAAGAAGAGAGAGUCUGAGCUCUACCAGAAAGAGGUACGAAAAAAACACUCCAAGUGCGAUGGUUGGGUGGAGCUGCUGUCUGAUACUUGGUUCUAAUUCAGGACAUGAUUGGUUCAGAGCGAAGCGGGCUCGGGGAAACUCCCCUUUUCAUUGGCUGUUCAUCAGGGGUGGGAGAAAAAAUCGAUUCUCUUAAGUAUCGAGAUUUUUUGUUUUAUAAUUUACAAUUAUAAUCUACAAUUGUAACACUUUAAACAACAAUUUAAUUGUAAUUUACAGUUUUUAAAUCGAUGUUUAAGUUCAAAAAUCUUUUUUUUUUUUUUUUAAGAAUGAAUCCUAAAAACUGACUUACUGAUGUGUAUUUUUGGGGAAAUCUGGUUCCUGGAAUAGUCAGAAGACAAUCAGAAUCAUUCAACUGAUUCACUGAAGUUAAAAGUACCGACUAAAAAUCGACAAUAUCGUAGAAACGCAAUUUAAAUCAAAUCAGCAUCAAAAAAUCACAGAAGAAUCAAAUCAGGAGAAAAACACACCGUCGCAGCCUGAAUAUUCGUCUAGUCUAGAAAAACAUGUCAGAAUGAGGACUAUUGAAAAGGAUAUUGAUCAUGUUUUAUAUUGAUAUUGAGGGAAAUUAAUUAUCGAUAUAUAUAUUCUUAUGGUUUUAUGGCCCAGCCCUACUCUGUGGUGUUUUUGUCACAUCAGAGUUCAUGAUCAGAGAUUUAUGGUGUUUUAUUGUUUCCUACUAAAAGUUUGAUCCAUAAAUACAAGAUUCAGAGUUUCUGUGUGUGUGUGUGAGAGAGAAAUACAGCUCAUGCAGCAUUUUAGUUCAUAUCCAGUGUUGAUUUAGAGUCACCCUGAAGUGAGGCUCCCCCUGGUGUUCAGUGCUGGAAUAACACAGUCAUCACUGUCUCAUUUGUUCUCAUAGAGGAACGUGGAUGACAUAAACCCCUCUCCCUCUCUCUCUCUCUCGUUGUGGUUUUCAGAUCUUCCACCUGAACACCCUGGAGGAGCGUUUCUCUCGCCUGUGGACUCAGUGUCAGCGCUGUCAGGGUUCUCUCCACGAGGACGUCAUCUGUACCAGGUAAAAACUCCAAAUGUUUAAAACCCUUUUUUAAUCGUCUCUCAGCUGAAGAGGUCGUCACACUCUCUCCUCCUCCUUCUUCCUCCUGAUCUCUGCAGCCGGGACUGUCCCAUCUUCUACAUGAGGAAGAAGGUCCAGAAAGAUCUGGAUGACCAGAGUAAGCUGGUGUCUCGUUUCGGAUGGUGAGAGGAACAAACUCGACAUCCUCACUCUAGUUUUUUUUCUUUCUACACCUUUGGGUGCCUGUAUAAAAAUCUAUAUCACAGUAUUUCUAUGUUUUCUAAUGACACCAAGUAGUUUUUGUAAAAUAAAUCCUAAAAGCAACAUC